AUGUUCUAUAGAUCUAAUCGCUUCGCGAUAAAUCAUGACAUUACGGGAAUAUCGUCAAAAGCCAGUGGUCCGGAGAUCCGACCUUUUUGCGAAACUAACCAAACGUGCAUUCUCCCCAUGGUUUCAGGACCCUUCGCUGUGACGAUAAUAAACGAGAAUGGUGACGAAUUAACUACCUGUCUUCAAGUCACAAGCCCGGAGCAACGAUUUUCCAAUCACUGCUUGAAUGAAACCUGGCGCCACCAAGCCCUGAAAGCCGAACUACAGCCCAACCCAACCUGCAUUUGCAGGCACAAAGACUGGCCUCGAAAACGCCCGUAUUCGAAAUUCUACGAUCCGAAGGAAUCUGCACUGCGAGAGAAGAUCUGGUGCCCCUUGCACGAUUAUUUGAAUCAAGAAGAUGCUGGGUCAGUUGAGUACCUUGCUUGGGCAAAUCUGGUAUCGAUCGCCGACCAAGUCGCUCAUCUUCAACAGUAG